GUCCCGUGGCCGGCACUUACUGGGAACGACCUCUGGAGGUUCUGCUACUAUAGAGGACAGUGAUGAAGUGAUCGCCGGAGAGUGAGGUUCAGGCUCUAGGAGUUGCUGUCUUGCUGGCGAGAGCAAAGUUUAUCACAUUUGGAUGAAAAUUGUGGAAAGAGAAUUGGAAGGUACAUUCAUUCGUCCGACGAGAGUGGAGAUCACAGUGGUCUCUGACCUCUUACUCCGCAGGCCUCGCGUCCGACAGUUGCCAUCCCACCUUACUGGAGGAGGGCUGCUGCUCAGCUCAACGCAGCUCAACUCAAGUCUUCUUUUCUCGGCUCGGGCAAAUUCACAAGUCGGAGUGCGUCUUGCCGUGUAGGAUUCAAAUCUCAUAGUUGAGCUCUGCUCCGCGAGAGGCUCUGAUGGCUGCUUACAGGCAUCAGAGGGCUACCGGGCCAGCGACGGUUCUGGCGAUCGGCAAAGCCAAUCCGCCCACAGCUUUUCCGCAGAGCGAGUAUCCCGAUUUUUUCUUCGACAUCACAAAUUGCAACGACAAAACGGCAUUGAAGGCCAAGUUUGCGCGCAUCUGCAAGAACUCUGGAAUCAACAAGAGGUAUUUCCAUUGCACCGCAGAAAUCCUGCGCGCCAAUCCGUGCAUGUGCACGUACAAGGAAGCGUCGCUCAAUGUGCGCCAGGACAUCGCCAUCAGGGAGGUGCCGAGGCUAGCGGAGAAAGCUGCGAUCAAAGCUCUUGAGGAGUGGGGGCAACCCAGAAGGCAAAUCACGCACAUGGUCUUCGCCACCACGAGCGGGGUCAACAUGCCGGGAGCAGAUCUCACUCUCACCAGGAUGUUGGGCCUGAAUCCGAACGUGACCCGGACCAUGCUCUACCAGCAAGGAUGCUUCGGAGGAGCCACGGUCAUGAGAGUGGCCAAAGAUCUGGCCGAGAACAACAAGGGCGCAAGAGUGCUGGCGGUGGUGAGCGAGCUGACUUGCGUCACAUUCCGAGCUCCUCACGAGGAGCAUCUGGAUAAUCUCGUGGGCUCGGCCAUCUUCGGAGACGGAGCGGCUGCGCUGGUGGUGGGCUCGGAUCCCGUGCCGGAGCUGGAGAAGCCUCAGUUCGAGAUCCACUGGUCCGGGGAGACAGUGUUGCCGGAGAGCGAUGGCGCCAUCGAAGGACGACUGACUGAAGCUGGGCUGAUUUUCCACCUGCUCAAGGACGUGCCCGGAUUGAUCUCCAGGAACACGCUUCCCAUCUUCAACAAGGCUUUGGAAGUCGCCGGCUCUCCGAGCUGGAACGAUAUCUUCUGGUGUGUGCACCCUGGAGGUCGAGCGAUUCUGGACGAGGUGGAAAAGACUUUGAACUUGAAGGUCGAGAAGAUGAUGGCCACGAGGGAGGUGCUGUUCGAUUACGGCAACAUGUCUGGAGCGAGUGUGCUUUUCGUACUGGAUCAGCUGCGCAAGAGAUCGGCUGCCAUGAAUGCCUGCAACACUGGAGAAGGAUGUGAGUGGGGGCUAGUUGUGGCUUUCGGACCCGGCUUGACUGUUGAAGUUUCUGUGUUGAAAGCCAUUCCCACCAACUCUGCCUGAGCCAGGCCCAUCUCUGACCUCCAUUCCCGUCUCAAUUCUCGCUGUAUCAUUUUCCUGUCACUAUAUUAGGUUAGCAACUGCUGUGAGGUGUACAGUAUGUACUUAUUCUUCUGCCGGAAGCGUCGAGCAUGCGAGCUAGAGCGCGCUCAGAUCUUUACUUGCACCUACAUUUGAUGAUCAAGCGGUCGAUAUGUUUAUUUGUUCAGCUCCGUUUGAAGCCUCGAGGAAGACGAGUGCAGACACGUGAAGAAACUGUUUUCGUUUGGAUUGUGGUAAUUUGCUGAGCAUCGAGGCACUAGGCCACAUUGUAGAGGAUUUACUGUAAUAUAGAUUCACGCUUUGUCUCUGACAGUGCUUGAUGAGUUGUAUAAACGAGGAAGAUCAAAGUUCUGUUUCUGCCCAUGCCAGUGGUUGUCAUAGGCCUCGAAACGCCUCCUAAACCCCUGUUGCAUUUCAUCUGCCUACUUUUUACAUGACGAGCUUCGUACUAUGGAGCAGUGUGAUUUUUUUAAGGAGGCUAAGGCCUGCAACUAAUUUCGAGGCCUUCAUGCGAUUACACGUUUUGAAGCAGUGCAUCCUCUUAACACUGCGGUCCGAACAUGGAAAACAAUGGCCUGCUUAAGAUGUACUGUGAUAAUUUUUU